AAUCUUUACAUGAGAUCUACGCACAUCAGUUUUGCGGUGAACGCGUUUUAAGUCGGUUCUAAAGCGGAUUAAAACCAAAUCAAGUGGCUCAUUAAUAGGACAAUACCGUUAAUGUGGCAUAAUUUGAACUUAAGCCAAAUCUAAGUAACUUUAGUAUAGAAAUACACAGUUUACUUAAUCAAGACAACUCAGACUGGAAGUCAGGCUGAAACAAAAGAAGUUGGAAAAAGUAUAUAAAAAAUUCGAAAAGAAAUCGUAAUAGUGAAAAGUGGCAUUAAUAUGUUAAGUUUAAUUUUAUUAACGAGCUUUAUUGCUGGUGUUUACAUUUACUGGACAUACGUGCAGUACAAAACGGGUUGGCAUUUGCUUAAAAAACUGCCAGGACCCCCCGUUUAUUGGGUAUUUGGAAAUGUGCUGCAACUUGGGUUCACAGCUGAAGAACAUGUUAAAAAAAUUCGUCGCUGGGCUCAUGAGUAUAACUACAACUUGGCUCGUAUGUAUGGUGGCGCAGAGGCGUAUGUGAUGAUUACAAAUCCCAAGGACAUAGAACAAGUGCUCUCAAGCAACACUCUGCUAUACAAAUAUGAUCCCUACAACUUCUUUUAUCCUUGGUUAGGACAAGGAUUACUUACAGCGAAUGGCAGACAUUGGGCUAAUCAUCGCAAAAUGAUAACACCCUCAUUUCAUUUCGGCAUCCUACAAGACUUCCUUAAAAUUAUGAACAAUACUACGGAUCGGUUCAUGGAAUUGUUGGCUGGAUUUGCGGCCAAAGAGGAUAUGUUCGAUUUUCAAGAAAUCGUAACGCGCUCAACAAUAGAUGUCAUAUGUGAAGCCGCCAUGGGCACUUCCGUAAAUGCCAUACAAGGACCCACCUCGCCUAUGGUGCCUGCAAUUUCUGAUAUCUGCGAUGUGAUGCGUGGACGGAUGUUCAGCGCAUUGAGCCGUUUCGAUUUCUUCUUCGUCUGGACAAAAGCGUAUCGCAGGCAAAAAAAGGCUUUGGCCAUUUUGCGCAAAGAGCUCUCCGAGAUUAUUGAAAAAAGAAAAACCAUCUUAGGGGAGUUCGAUCAAAAUAAUUUAAAAAGUGACAACGACGGAAAACGUCCGAAAAUGGCUUUUCUGGACAAUUUACUAACCGCCGAGGUGGAUGGGAAGCCCUUAACUUUUCAAGAUAUUUUUGAAGAGGUCUCCACAUUUGUUUUUGAAGGCCAUGACACCACCGCAAGCGCUAUUGGUUUCACUAUCUACUCUCUUUCGAGGCAUCCGGAAAUACAAGAACGUGCCUUUCAAGAACAAUAUGCCCUUUUUGGCAAUGAUGUUAAUCGCAGUCCUACUUAUAAAGAAUUGGGUGACAUGAAGUACCUGGAGUUGAUUUUGAAGGAAUCGCUGCGACUUUAUCCCAGUGUACCCAUCAUUGCACGUAUGGCGUUGGAAAAAACUGAAAUUGGUGGUUAUCAGAUUCCUGCUGGCACUACACUCGCCUGCUGCAUUAUUACACUCGGUACGGAUCCUAAUAACUUUCCAGACCCAUUUAAAUUCAUGCCAGAACGUUUUGAAAACCGCACCAGUACCAACCCCUACGACUAUGUGCCGUUUAGCGCUGGUCCGCGUAAUUGCAUAGGUCAAAAAUUUGCAAUGAUGGAAUUGAAAGUAACUGUUUCGAAAAUCAUACGGCACUUCAACAUAUUACCUGCAGUGGAUGGACUAUCCACGGGUAUAAAUAACCCAACAGAUCCAAAUGACAAGAUAAACAAUCCGUAUGAUGCUCGCUUGGGUUUCUUUCUGACAUUAAAGUCUAUAAAUGGUUUGAAAAUACGUCUGCGUCGCAGAACGAUGUGGUUCUUUCUUCUCAGCUUUUUGUUUGCACCAUUUCUUUGCAUUCUGUACUUGGAAGUGAAAAAUUAUAGUAAGCGUAAGCAGGUGAAUAAAUUGCCAGGACCCGCAGCAAUACCUGUUCUAGGAAAUGCGCAUCAAAUGGGCAAAACACCGAGUGCGGUAUUAUACCAACUCUUUCAAUGGUGGGAGGAAGCUGGUCACCAGAACUUUCGAGUGCUUAUUGGUCUGUAUCGGAACAUUGUUGUUACCAAUGCAAAAGAUUUGGAGUUUAUUUUAACAAGCAAAACUCUGAUCGACAAAUCUGAUAUUUAUGAUAUGUUGCAUCCUUGGUUGGGUACUGGCUUGCUCACAGCCACCGGACGCAAAUGGCAGGCACAUCGCAAAAUUAUUACACCCUCCUUCCAUUUUAAGAUUCUGCAAAGCUUUCAUGCAGUUAUGAAUAAGAAUUCAAAUAAAUUUAUUGAAAAGCUACGCAACGCCUCGAGAGGCGAUGCCAUUUUCGAUUUUCAAGAAAUGACGCACUACCUGACGAUGGAUGUGAUUUGUGACACAGCCAUGGGUGUGCACAUAAAUGCAAUGGACAACCAUGAUAAUGAAGUAGUGCAGGCUUUUAAAGACAUGUGUUAUAAUACCAAUAUGCGCGCCUAUCAUCCAAUCAAACGAUCGCAUGCCUUGUAUAGAUUUAUGCCGGACUAUUCAAAGUACUGCAAGACACUGAAAAUUUUGCAUAACUUUACAAAUGAGGUUAUUAUCAAGAGAAUCGAAGCGCUGAAAUUAGCUGAGGGUCAGUCAAAGGAAAGAGAGGAGGAUGAGUUCUCAAACAAAAAGCUCGCCUUUCUUGACAAUUUGUUGUCCUCUACAAUCGACGGAGAACCGUUAACACAACAAGAGAUCUACGAAGAGGUGUCAACAUUUAUGUUCACGGGGCACGAUACAACGACUUCAGGCAUAGCUUUCACAGUUUACCUGCUAUCCUUGCAUCCUGACAUACAGAAAAAAGUCUACGCUGAGCAGCAACAAAUAAUGGGUGACAACCUCACAGGAGAAGCGACCUUUCAACAAAUUGCCGAAAUGCAGUAUUUGGAUAUGGUCGUAAAGGAAACGCUACGACUCUACCCUAGCGUACCCGUGGUUGCCAGACGCACGGAAAAGGAUUAUGACAUAAAUGGCUACGUCGUGCCGGAGGAUACAACCAUAAACCUCUUUUUGAUGGCGCUCGGCUACAACGACAAGUAUUUUCCCGAUCCAUAUCGGGUAGAUCCGGAACGUUGGAAUGUGAACGAACGUAUGCAAAAUCCAUUUGAAUAUUUGCCUUUUAGCGCGGGUGCUAGAAAUUGCAUCGGACAAAAGUUUGCACUACUCGAAAUCAAAACUGUCGUAUCGAAGAUUGUGCGUGCUUUCAAUAUACUACCGCCACUGGACGAACUGAUCUCCGCUGAUGGUUACUCGAGACAUUUCAUUGGCUUGCCAGCGGAGCAGCAAAGGAAGCGAUUGCCCAAUCCGAGCAAAUAUGAUCCAAUUUUGUCGGCUGUGCUAACCCUGAAAUCGGAAAAUGGCAUUUAUAUUCGGCUAAGAGAGCGCAGUUAGAAAAACUUUUA